AUGGCAGCAGUAUUCAUUCCACCCUCUCCCCGAACCUCGCUUAAUAUGUCGACUCGCCGACCACUCGCAAACGUGCCGAAUGCUACCAAUUCCCCUCACAGGUCAGGCCUCGUGCCGGCCAAACGUCUCCGGGCGGCGUCAACCCAGCUCGACAUCCCUUACGGCCAGCCACCUCCGAAGAAGCAGGUAGUCGAUGGCCAGGAGCCCGAGGCUCGUUCGCCCACCCGGCCCCGAACCUCCGCCUUGCAGAACCCGGACUCCAAGCUGUUUACGCGUCGGUCCAACAAUGCCCAGCCCAGCGCGUUCGAGAGGAAGCUGGUCGCCGUCCGGGACAAGGAACGUCAGAGUCAACUCAAAGUCACGCGGAACGACAAGCCCUCCGCCGAGACCCUCGAUGCCAUGCGGCAGUGGCAGAGACAUUACCGCAAGGCCUUUCCUCAAUUCGUCUUCUACUUCGACAGUAUUCCGGAGGAUGUCCGGAGUAAGUGCUCGAGACAGGUGCUGGCUCUGGGAGCUCGCGAAGAAAAAUUCUUCUCGCGUCAAGUGAGCCACGUCGUGACCUCUCGGCCCAUACCCCCUGAAAAUGAAACCGCAACCCCGACCGAGCUCAAUGCGGAGCUUACAGAGCACGUCAACGCGGAUGGAACCUUGCAGACCGUUAACCCCUCUCUACUCGACAAGAGCGCCGAAAGCCACCUCCACAUGUCCCUCAAGAACGAUGCACGGCGUGAGCAGAGAGGGAUGGAUGUGCUUCACCGAGCCCGGCAAAUGCGGAUGAAGAUCUGGGCGAUUGAGAAACUUCAGCGGAUGAUUGCGACGAUCAAUGAAGGGGAUAUGGGAGGCGCCACAGGUUCGACUCGGACCACCAAUGCCGUCAGCGGCCACACAAGAGUCAAGGGCGAAAACGACCUGUCACAAGUUCUGCAAAAUGAGCUUAUGAACGGUCCAUCGGAUCGUAACCCUCACUCGGUCCUCAAGGAGCAGAUAUUGUUCAAAGGUCCCUUCAUCUACGUCCAUGAUAUGGAUGAAAAGACCAGGCCUGUCAUGGUUCGUGAGUACGCCAGGGUUGUCAAGCGGCAGGAUGGGACUUGGCCGCAGUUCCGCAGUGCACCGCUAGGCAAGUGUCCUUUCAUCGAUGAACCGCCUAUGAAGAAGGACCUGGAUCGACAACGUGCCCGCCAACGCGAGAGGGAGAAGAAGCCCGUGCCGAAACCUGUUCCCGUUCCAGAAAUUCGAGACACCCACUUGAAUGCACCGGAGAUCAGCAGAACUUUUGAUGAGGCUGAGGUUGCCACUGCAGAAUAUAGCCCCGCCGAGACUUUCUGUCAGGAAAGGCAGCCUGAGAUGCAAGAAAUGCAACCGACUCGACCGCAGUCUCCCAGGAAGAGCUCUGAGAGUUUCUGUCCGCCGCCGCUUCGGCGCACGGGUCCAUUCUUCCACGGUCGUGAGCCUGCAGCGUCCGGGGUACAGCCCUCCAACAUCACAUCAGCCAUCCGCUCCCAAAUGGUGUCUUCCACCGCUGCUGCACCCGGGGCUAAGGCCGGCCUGAGCAAGGAGGUACAUGAAUUGAAGCGGAAGGUUCUCGAAAAAGGCAAUGGAGUCAGCGCCACCGGCACAGCGCCACUAUCGCACCAGACCACGAACUUGAACACAACUUUGAAGAUGCGGACCCAUGAGAAUCGACCAAGUAAUCUGAGUCAUGCGGAGAAAGCUGCGAAUGUACUCGACGAAGAAGCAGCGGCGUUGGAGAGCACUGGGGCACUCAAGCAACUUGCCAGCAAUCGAAGAGCCAUAACACCGAAGAAAAAAGAACGCCGCAGGGAUCCGAAGCCAGGUUAUUGCGAAAACUGCAGGGACAAGUUUGAUGACUUUGAUGAGCACAUCAUGACCCGAAAGCACCGCAAAUUCGCCAUCACCAAAGCCAACUGGGCCGAACUCGAUGCAUUGCUCGAGGAGCUGGAGAGACCCUUGAAGAAAAAGUAUCUUGUCUAG